AUGUUAUCAAUGCAAACUUUCAUUAUAUUUCUAAUUAUUUUUUUGCAUAUAUCAAAAUAUUGUUGUGAAUAUUCAUCAUGCAGAACAAAUUGUUCACAUAAUGGUACUGAUGAUGAUAAUGAAUGUUGGCGUCAAGCAUUAGUUUAUCGUUCAUCAGAAUUAAUUCAACGAAUUUUUUCAUUUAGUAGUCUAUCUGUUUAUGUUGAUACAUUUCAACGACAUCAUUCAGAAGAAUUAAAUGAUACAAUCAAAUUUAUUGAUCAAUCAUUAGAAGAUAAUUUAUUAAAUGAAUCAUUUGAUGCUAAACUAAACAUAAGUUUAUUUACAGAAACAAAACAAAUUCUUCUUAAUUUCAGUCAAAAUUUAACAUCAAUUCCAAUUAAAUCACCUAAUCAAUUUCCAUCAUUAUCAUGUACAAUGUUUACAUGUUCAUCAGACAUACGUAAUUAUAUGGUGCUCUUCAUAAUUAGUAGUGCUGUAGCUAGCUUAACACUAAUCAUUUGUAUUGUGCAAUCUAUUCAAACACGUCGUAAAUCAAAUCCUAUAGUAAUUGUUCAACAGAAUCUUCUUAUAAAUUCUCCUUCAACUCUCAUGACUAGUGCUAAUACUGAUUAG